AUGUCGGAAACAGAGCCCUCCUACAUCGACUAUGAGGCCUUCCUAGACCCCGACUUCUCGCCUGCCGGGUUCGCCAAUUCACUAGUGCUGAGCACCAACAAUGCGACAGAUACCCCUCUAGACCUCUCAACACCACUCUCUCGCGUACUUUUCGAUCUCCAAGAAAUCGACACCCACAUCCAUGGCUUGACAACAAAGUCGGCACUACCACUUCUAUCCCAUACACAAGACCAAACCGCUGCUGCGGAGCAUAUCCUGCAGGAAAUCGGGACGCAGAUCACAUCGGUAACUGAGGGAUAUGAGCGACUGGAGAAGGAGGUGCUUCAAAAGUGGCAGGCCGCGGACGAGGCUCGAAUUGCGGCUGAAAAUUCAUUGGCUACUGUCCGGUUAGCCCGGGCGGUCGCCCGCUGUUUAGGACUUGGUCGACAGCUUGAGAGCCAAGUGGCAGAGCUGACUGGGCGGGGUCCAACUUCCCCAGUAUUAGGCGCCGAUGGAGCAGCCAGUACGACUGGCAAGGAGGGAUUUCGAGCUUUGGAGCGGGCGGCGAUUACCAUCUUGAAUCUACGUCAGAUGUUUUCAGCAACCUCGGAGGCAGAUGAAGGGUAUGGCUUGGAUCGGGUCAAGGCCACUCGGACUUUACGCAAUGAGUUUGUGAUCCCUGCAGAAAACAUGGUCAAGUCAAGGGCACAGCAAACCAUCCACCGCUUCUCGUUGUCGAGUCAAAUGAACACCAGUGGCCAAUCAUCGGUGCCAUCAAGUUACAAACAAGCCCGCGAAGCCCGAUCACGGUUGGCGACCGCUGCAGCCACUCUAUACCUCCUCUCACCUAUCCCGAAUGGCACUGUCACUACCUCUGACUACAAGCCUGAGCUUCUUAUUUCCACCUUGCAGGGGUACAUGCAGACCUCCAUCAUCACAUCUGCUAAUGCCCUCGCUAAGGCAUUGUCCCAACUCCCCACAAUGGACCGUGCUCUCGCCGACAUCUCCACACGAUGCCAGGAUAUCGUUGCCGUAGAGUCCAUACUGCGAAAUAUCCGACCGCCUUCUCACCCAAUCCUUUCAUCUACAACCAAUGACCAGUCGGCGGAGACAGGAACAGCACCAAACCAGGUUAACCUCCUCCAGCCCCUCCUUCAGGCUCUAGAUACCGCAUCCCUGCCUUCCUACUACUGGCGAUCGCUCGCCUCCUCCCUCACGUCCCGCGUGCAGGAAAUUAUCAACCGAGGGGGCGUGUCUGCACGCACCCUUCGGUCAAACCGGGAUCGACUAAAGGCAGAAAUCAAAGACUGCGUGAUGCGUGCCUCCAAAUUCUCUGCAACCAACUUCCUGGCCGAAAAGAGUCGAUCGGGAUCGGAUACUGAGGUGGUGGGGAAUUGGGAACGAGAGGCUACAGUGAUGGUGAGCGCUGUUAUCGGACCCUUGAGUCGAUGA